AUGUUACAAUUUAGUUAGUUGUAUGGAUAUUAGGACAAGUAUCCAAAACCUGUCUAAUUAACUUAGCAUAAAAGGUUUGAGUCUCAACCAAUUCAUUUAAUCUCUCCAGUGAAAAGCUUUCAGUAAGAUUAAUAGGUGCAAGAACUUACUCGCAUUAGAGAAAAACUAGAAUACUAUAAUGAAGGCAAUCGUAAAAAGCCUUUUGAAUAAGUCAUUGAGGAGAUGGAUUUCAAAUAUAAAAAAUAACCUAUUCAUAUUGAUCCUACAUAGACUACUCUUAAUGAAAUUGAUAGAUUACAUAAUGAUUAUCUAAAUUCUGGUAUGCGAGAUCCAAUUUAUUUGAACACACUCCAAAAAUUAAGACAUGAUUUUCUUAAAUAAGCAUAACCUAUAGGUUAUUAUAUACGUCCACCUAUUCAAUAAGGAUAUAAUCCAUCUUAUACAAAUCAUCCAAUUUAUGAACAUUUACCAAUAAGUUUUAAGAGAGAAUUGAAUUAAUAACAUUCAUUACCAGUAUUGUAACACAAUAGACAGAAAACAGACUUCUCAGGAAGCAUAAAUGAUUAAAUGUUAAGUUAUAUGAGAAACGAAGAAAAUGAAGCAGUUAGAUAAUUAUCUAUGGAUAGAUUAUCUAAUAUUUAAAUGAUUAAAACUUCAAUAGAGAAUGAAGUUGUCAAAGAAAGAAUCAAUAAAAUGGCUUAAGAAAUGACAAUGAAAAGAAAAAGAGGUUUUGAAACAAAUGAAGAUGCCACUGUUCCUUAUAGUCAUUUAGAAGGAUUUACAAUUUAAUGGGAUAUUAUAUCAAAAUUACCUAUUUAAUACACUAAAGCCAGAAUAUCAUUUGGGAUAUUUAAAUAAACUGAAGAAUAUCAUGCAUAUAAAUUAACAAGUGAUUGUCUUACUUAAGCAGAAACCUAUAGAACUAAUAAAUGUAUAUUCAAUUUAAUAGAAUAAAUGAGAGAUGUUCAAGCAGAUGAUAAGACUAUUCUAUAUAUUGAAAUUUGGGUAUUUGAAAGUGAUGGAUCUCUAUCUAUGCUAGGUUGGACUGUCUUUAAAUUAUUUGAUCGUACUGGAUCAUUAUACAUAGGUAAAUAUAAAUUGCCAUUCUAUCAAUAAUAAUACAAACCACGAGAUCUUUUAAUAUAUAAUAAAGAAUAUCCUUAUUAUGGAAAUUUAUGUUUAUACUUUAGAAUUAUGCAAUAACCUUAACAUCUCGAUGAAAUUAUCUUUGUAGAAAGUGAUUAUCAUAUUCCACAUUAUCAUGUUCAUAGAGAAUGUAAAAUUAUAAGGUAAGAAAUCAAAGAUGAAGCCUAACUCCCUAAAGAUCUAGCUAAGGCUUUUGCAUAUGAUAAACCUUUAAGAGAGAGAGAACCUCAAUUAUUUGGAGACUUACCAUUAUCCCCUGCUAAAAAAUAAAGAACUCUUAGACCUACAUAUUAGAUCAAUGAUGAUGAAUAUUUUGGAGAUGAAAAAUAAAAGGAAUCUCCCACUACAAGCAUAUAAUAGAAAUAUUAAGUGAAAAGUAGAUUCAGUAAAAAAAUAGAUAGUAUGGAACAUUUACCAACUCAAGAGAAAAAUAGUCAAUAAUCUAGUGAUGCAAUUAUUAAAUUAGAAUCUAUUAAACAUUUUGAUAAAGAUUCAUAAAGAGGAUCCACAAAAAAUAUUAGAAUUUAAUUAAUUUAAGAAGAUUAGGUUGACAGUAGGAGAAACAUAGAUGUAAAAGAGGCAACUAGAAGAGCUAAUGGAGAUAAUACAAUUAGAGGAGAUAGAACUAUUAGAGGGGAUAGAACAGUAAGAGGUGAUAGGACAAAUAAAGGAGGUUUAACAAGUAGACAUCUCCUUCAAUUAUAAUAAUAAGAUGGACUAUCUAAUUAAAUAACCAAUGUUAAGUAAUUUAACAAAUUGAAACGUAAAUUAAAGGCUACACAAGGAGGAGAUUAAACAGUUAGAUCUUAAAAAAAUAUUGAAAUACCUUAGGAACCAGAUUUAGGGAGUACAAGAAAUAAGGUAGUGAUAAGUGGAGCAGGAAUUGUAGCAAUGGAUAUUUUAAAAUUGAAUAAUUUGGAUACAAAAAAAUAUAAUGAAUUGAAAUUGAAAAUUGGGUUCUUCAUUAAUGAUAUCAUAUUAAAAGAUGAAAGUGAAACAGAUUGUGUUAUGACUUAGAAUUUGAUUCCAAAUGAAGUUACUGAUAAAUCAUAAAGAUAUAAUUUACAUGCAGAAUUUUCAUUAGAUUAUGGUAAUAUAAUAUCCAUUAUUGAGCAAGAGGGAUUUACUACAAAAGAUGCUUAUGUUUAUAUUGCUAUUUAUUAGAAUAAUGCAUUAUUGGGAUGGUAUGUGGCUCAAUUAUUCAAAGAUACAGAAGAUCUAAAUAAUUUAUAAAUUGAUUCAGGUUUAUUUUAAGUUAAUUUAAUUAAACCUCCUGGUUAAUAAGCUCCAUUUCAUCAAAAAGACAUGGUUAAAAGUAAUAUUUAAUUAGAUUUUGUUUUGAUGAGCAAGAAGGAAUAACUUAAGAAUUUACCUACAAUAAAUAAAUUUGCUAUUUAAGAAGAAGAAAAAGUUAAAAAUGUGGAAAAUCCAGAAUGGAAUACUUAAAUUAUAGUUUAAUUAUCUCAAACAUACAAUUUUGUAUCUAAAGACAAUCUAUAGAUCAGCAUAUCUAUUUAAUCUGAGUAAAAGAUUAUAGAUGAUGUUUUGUAAAGAUAAUGUUAAGUAAAAGAUGAUUUAGAUAUAUUUUCUACUGAUUCAAAACAUAUAUGUAAUUCUAAUUACUAUGCUACAUUUAGAGUAGGAAAGAAGUAUUUAUAGGAUAAAUUUUCUAAGUAUAAUCUUUUAAAUUAUGUAUUCAUAAUCCAUUAAAAUAAUUAAUUUUUGGGAAUGGCUUAAUUGAAUGUUUUUAAGAAAACAUCAAUUUAAACUGGUGAAUUUAGAUUAAACUUAUAUACAAUAAAUAAUAAAAAGUUAAGUUUUGAGAUUAAACUAUUAAUUAAAGAAGUACCUUUGUAAUUAGAUUUUUAUGAAAGAACACCAUCUUAUAGAAUGAGCAAAUCUAAAGGUGGUUAUACUCAAGAAGAUGAAGAAGAUGAAGUAAAAGAAAAAGAUUCAAAGAAACUUUCAAAUGUAUCUAGAUAUUUACCAGUUACUAUUUAGAUUUAAGAAGUUUAGUUAAAAAAUAGAAAAGUUGUUUUGAAGAUUUUAAAGAAUAAUGAAAUUGUAAAGUAAUAAAAUGAGGAUGAUUGCAUAUAAGAGAUGAUUGUUCCAAAUUCAGCUGUUUUCAUUAUAGAUAUUGAGGAUAUGUUAAAAUGCAAAGAAGGGUACUUUGUUUUAAUCGAAGUUUAUGAUGAUGUUUUGAUAGCAUGGUUUGCUAUGAAUAUGGUUUUUAAUAAGAAAUUAUAUACAACCAAAUUAUUCACAGAAUUAUAUAAGAGUCCUAGAUUGCAAACCCCUUUAGAUUAUAAACUGAUUAAGAAAUUGAAGGAGAAGAUUGAAUUCUAAAUUCAUUAAGGAGAUGUUCGAACAGAUAUUAGGAAAUUAAAUCAGAAACAAAAAACAGGAUUAGAUAUACAUAUACAUUCAAUAUCAAACUUACCUAAUAAUGGAGACAAUCAAAUAAUGAUUCAAUUAAUCAAUGAUGGUAAAGUGAUUCAAGAUAAAUUAUUGAAAUUGUGUUAAACAAAAUAGAAUAUGAAUAUUGUUAAUGGUUAUAUCAAAGAUUUGAGUUUUAAUUUUAAUUUAAAUAAAGGAGAUGUGCCUAAAAAUACUUAAUUAGGAAUUUAUAUAAGUUAAGACAAUACAGAGGUGAGAUGGUGUAUAAUUUCGUUGUAUAGUUUGGGGAAGUUGAAAGAAGGCAAAGUUGAGAAGAAAAUGUUUACAGGGCCAUUUAAUAAGACAAAUAAAGUCUCAAAUACUGAUAUUUGUCUAGAAAUAGAGUGA